AUGAUUUACCUGUUCUCCUUCUCUUCCAGCUGAUUGGAGAAAGAGCCCGAGCUGGAGCUAUGCUCAUUGUCUUCCUUUUCUCAGCCUUUUUCCAUGAAUAUAUACUCACCUUGUCUUUUGGCUUCUUCUAUCCUGUCACAUUUGUUCUGUUUGCUGGGACUGGAGUGUUCUUUAACUUUGUUUUCAAUGAUAAGAGAAAAGGCCCUGUCUGGAACAUCAUCAUAUGGAUAUGCCUCUCUUUGGGCCAAGCGAUCGUUUUCUCGUUAUACAGCCAAGAGUGGUUUGCACAUGUCCACUGUCCACUCAAGGAGAAGACCUUCUGGGAGCUAGUGACUCCACGUUCCUGGUAUUGCCACCCAUAAGCAACUAUUUCCAGCCUACCCUAGCCUUCUACUUUGCUUCAAAAAGGACGUCUCACAAGGAUAUCUCAUUACUCUGCUGCUGCAACAACAAGGACUCUCAGCACAUCAUGCGUCUCCUCCACUCCCUCCAUGGAAAGCUGUAUUUGGAAAUUCCUUAUCCGAGGGUGCUAAAAUUUGGUUUGUCGGUUCAAAGGCUCUAUCUGGUUGAGACAGAAUAUCUACAAAGAUCCCUGUGUGGAGUUCAUGGUGCUCAAAUUCCAGGGGAAAAUUUAUCAGUGACAAUCUUUGGCUGCCUCCAAGACUUACAAAAUUAUCUCCCUUUCUUAACCUACUUAAAAUAAAACAUGAGUGCUCCACCUUGAAAUGUAGAUUAUACCACAUCCCAGCUUUAACCCAAACUCUGUUGCUUUUAGAUCAACAGGAAACUUUCCAGAUAUUGGUAAAAUCCAGCUCUCAGCAGAUUGUAUUGAUGGGAAAUAGAGUUCAAUAAUAUCAGAAGUAUUGCUUAUAUUUCCUACUUUUAGACUUUCAUUCAACAUUUCAUCUCCAGCAGUGAAGGAAGGGAACCUGAAUUACCACCAGCAAUAUCCAUUCAAUGCCUAUUGUAUUGUGUGAAUGAUUUUUGAAACUAUAUUUGGAAAUAAAAACAGAUUAUGCCAAAUCA